GUAACUCAACUACUUCCUCUCUCUCUCUAAACAUAACAUAAAUUCUCUCUUCUCUCUCUAACUUAAGCAUUGGAGAGUUUCCUGGGUGACCGCCCAUGGACCCUUGUUUUGCAGGGAUCUGGAGUACACCCACCCUCUAGAACAGGCGCCUUGCUCGUUCUUCAUAAACCACCUAGGAUAUUCUAGGCUUAAACAAUUUGGCGCCCACCGUGGGGCGAGCAAGGCACUGAAGAAAAGAUGGAUGGGAGCUCCAAGACCCCCGUCAAAGGUAUAGUAGAAAGAAGCGACCUUCGCGGCCAAGAAAUGCAAAGAAACGACAUCUACGGACUGGAAAUGCCGACGGUGGAAGAAGAAAUGGAAAUGGAGGACCGCGUGAAAAGUCAAGGAAAACAGAUAUCAAGCAUGCAGGAAAGUUUGAGCCAAAUCUUGGCCAUGCUCAAGGAGAAGGGAAGCGAAGUGCCAGAGAACUCUGGAAGACAAACAACGAAGGGAAAAAGGAAGGAAAGAGGAUCCCGACAGCCCUCCUCAUACAGUAGAAAAAGGCGCGGAAGAUCUCAGCUUGGGCUUCUUGGAGGAACACCUUAAACCCUCAUAUGGAAAGGUAAAGGGUCACAACAUCCUCCAGAACCUACUAGCCAAAAGCUUAUUUAAAACUCAAGUUCCCCCAAACUUCUCAUCACUGGGAUUGCCGACGUACAGUGGAAGUUCCGAUCCCGCCGACCACUUGACCGCCUUUAUGCUAACCAUGCAGCUCAUCAACGCCACAAACGCUGAUUUGUGUAAAGCGUUCCCUGUCACGUUUAGUGGCCACUGCCGAACUUGGUACACUUCUCUGCCUGAGGGGAUAAUUGAAAACUUCAAGCAGUUUGCCACCCUCUUCUCCUCAAAGUUCGCAUCUCAACGAAGAAGGAAGCUGACCAUGUCUGCACUCAUCAACUGCAAACAGGGAGGAGAAAAAAAGCUGACGGAUUUCAAUGAUCGGUGGAACACCAUAGCGUGUGGGGUACAAGGAAUCUCGCCAAGCGUGGUAGCAGCAGACAACUUGCGCAUGUCGACGCAUAGUUGCGUGCUUUGAAGAGCGCUCAUCAAGAAGGAACACGCUCUGAAGGAGUGGCCAAAUUUAGACCGCCUAGUAGGGAAAGCGAUCUUGCUAGAAAAAUCCAUGAUCAUAGAAGAUGCUUCCAAAUGUGUCAACCCAAGAGUGGAUAAGUCAUAUAAGAAAAGGGGAGGAUCGCCCAGGAGAAGAGGGCGUUCUCUAGAAAGGCGCAACUACAAACCGCGGCUUCGUCACCGAGACAACAAGCGGGAGGCUUUUACCACCAACAAAGAGGAAAGCAGGGAAAGGAGGAGAGACUCCAAAGAUGAGAACCAGACGCAUAGGAGGGAAUAAGAUCGAAAGUGGUGUGACUGGCACCAGAUGCCCACCCAUGACACCACGGAUUGUCGGGAGUUCAGGGCAGUUUGAAGUACUUGGCGCUCGGAGACCUGAAAAGCCAUCUGGAUACGCGGCCGCAUCGCCAGGAACAGAUGCACGACAAAGAAAGGUCGUCGAGCCCGAGAAGGAGGUCUCGCAUGCCCAAGCGCAGAAGAUCAAGAUCGCUGAGAAGAGAGUGAUCCCCUCGACACGACCGUUUACCGCCACCGCCAAGAAGAUCUCCUCCCCAUCGACAGCCUCGACUCAAUGACGAAGAUGUGGAAAUCAGCUUCGCGCCCUCUGAGCUGGCCUGGCACCUAAUGCUAGUGGAGAAGAUCCGUUGGUCAUCUCCUUGAGGACAAGGAAGUUCAAAAUCACAAGGGCUGAUAGACCGUUAAUUGCACAUGUUUUUACUCCUAAUCUUACACCGUUUGAGAUGUUGAUUCUCGUGUUUUAGGCCGAUUUCACGCUAGGUUGUUCUUGUUUGUGAUAUUUCAGGUCCUAGUACGUGAAUGAAGGUUUGGGAGCGAGUUCGGGGUCGAUUGGACGAAGUUCGGACGUGUGGUGAGACACCGAGGAAGCCACACGGGCACUCCUAAAAGCCACACGCCCGUGUAAGGAACCCAUGUGGCCGUGUGGGAUUUACCGUGCCUUCACACGGGCAUCCUGGAGAUUCCACACGGUCGUGUGUCCCUAGCCGUGUAGGAAGCCUGAAGUCCACUUAAUCGAAACUCCGCGUUUUGACACUCACACGGGCAGCUGGGUCAGCCACACGGCCGUGUGGCCUGCCCGUGUGGUCGGGAUUUUCUGGGUUUUAACCCAAUUUCGAGCAAAAAGAGAGGGGAUCGACUUUUCAGAGCAAAAACAGAGCCCUAGAGAGAGAAAGUGCGAAGAACACAUCCUAGAAGUGAUUUUGGAGCUGGGUUUCAUCAAUCGAGCUUGGAGAUCAUCAUAGGAGUGAGGAUCAUCAUCCCAGAGCAGAUUCUUCCCAUUGUUAUGAGUAUGACUACUUUGUAUUCUGUUUUCCUCUCUCUCUCUAUGGAGUAGAACCCUCUCUCACUUGGGUAUGAAGAACCCUAGUUCCUUGUGUUAGGGAUCAUGAUUGUAAUGGCUUGGGAUUGCUAUACUGUUUGGUUUUAAUCGAAUGAUGCAUGAUUCAUUGAAUUGAUUGAAGUCUGAUAAGCUUUUCUUGAUUUCUGCUGCAACCUGAGAUAGAUAGAAUCUGAUUAGUUUGUUAGAGCUUCAUCAUUUAGUAGAAGUAGAUUGGUUAUACGAGAGUUAGUCAGUCUACUGCUUUGUACUGGAAUCCAAUUCCAGUAGUGGAGUUCUGUGCUUAUUGCUUCAGCUUUCUAUCCCGGUGAAGACUAGUCGUCUGCCGGGUAGUUAGACUAAGAGGGCUUGGUCAGCUUAAGAGAUUCCAAGCUACUAUCGGAUCUUCCGCAGUUUAAUCAACAAUCAAUCAACCC